AUGAUGUUGAUCAGCUUAAAAGAAAGGAUUGGUACGGAAUUAGAGAAAGUAAAUAUCGAGACUCUUGGAUUUGAUCAUCCAAUAUGCUCUGGAGUACUUAAUAUUAAAUCAGAACUUUUUACAGAGAUGCCUGGAUCACUUUGUGAUAUUUUUAAGGAACCCUUCAAGAAAUACAGGUUAGAUCAUAAUGAUACGAUAAUAGAUACUUGUAAAGAGUUUAUUCAUAAUGAAGAGUCAAAAAUUAAUUUGGAUGAAGAUUUGCGUGAU